CAUCCGAACUUUCAAGCCUCGGUCGAACUUAUCUCAAGUUUGAAUUCGCUUUCACGGGCGCGCAAACCGAAGCAGGCGGUUCCGGACAGGAUAGUCCGGGCUCGUUCUGCGUGUUUGUGUUUGUUUCAGACAUUGUCGGCGUCACGCAGGGCUGAAUAGUUGCUGUUGUCCGACAGGAACGUUCACUGGCACACAGAACUGACCUAGAAUUGCUACUUAGAAUUGGGCGAAACCAUCGCUCAAAAGCGAAGGGGGAAGACGGCAGGAAAUUUUGACUGGGAUGGAAUGGAGUAGGACCACUGGAAAGCUCAUGCGAAAAGGGGGGGGAGACAUUUUCCUAUUUUAUCAUGUUAUCAUGAUAAUGUAGUGAUUUGAUAUGAGUGUGGUUCAAAACCCGCCUUUGACAAAAAUGGAAAUUAAGGAAAACAAAUUCAGGUGUGAAUGACUUGUGGCUGUAGGUCGUCGUGAGUCGGCCACGUUCUCACACAGCCUCCGUGGCCGGCUGGCUGGCUGGCUGGGGGGACUCGAGUGGAGAGCAGACAUCAGUGCCCAGGGGACUUGAGGCCUGGUUCUCCAUAUGAGGCCCUGCUGAAAGGGCAGGGGGGCUUCUGAGUGUGCCUGAGGGCCGUUGAAAGCCCCCUUGGGGGAGUUUCAUAAACGCACAAAGAAAAAGGAAACCCUUUUGGACUAUUGUUUUUGUUUUUACACACACUCUUUCUCACACACACAUACACACACACACACACACACUUGCACCUACACACCCACCCACACCCACAGACAAGGACAUAGAGAGAAUGUUGGAGGUCCAAGAGGAGAGGCCAGCGGCGGCAGGUACAGCAGCGACACACUUCAGCAAGAAGGAGCGAGGGAAGAAAGAGCGAGAGGAGGCCAAGGACGGUCGGGGGAACCUAUCGAACAUCGGGAAUCCUGUUCCUCCUUCCAGGAACGUACGUUCAAAGGGGCCACUCACACACACAGGCAGCCCCCACCAGCUCAUCACUCCUCCCUGUUCUGUAGUCCUGGGAACCCCAUCAAUGCACUCCAAUAGGCUAAAGAACUCCCCGUCCGCCAACACACAAAGCCCUAAACCGAAGACGGAGGCCAUGGUACGAUCACCUCCUGUCAUGUCCCCUUCCACUGCCGCCCAGAUGGACUCUAAAAUACCCAAUCAGGGUAAACCGGGGAGCACGGGCAACCAAUCACAACCCUCUCCCUGUGACCCCAAGACCCUGGGUGCUAAAGGGGGUCAAAAUGUUGCAGGUGGAAUGGGGCUGAAGAACGGCCAGGGCCUGACAUCAGGUCCAAGCUCCAAGGUGAAAGUCAAACGAGAGAGGAGCACCUCUGUGGAGUCGUUCGAGCAGCCGGACAGCGGCACACCCACUAGUGAGGAAAAAGAUGGUAGCAGGGUGAAGAGGAUGUGUGUGGCAGAGAGACGGCAGCCAUACAGCGGAGCUGACUGGUGCUCUGGAGGAGAAAGCGAUGAAGAUGACAAAGGAUUCUUCAACUGUAAUUCCAGUGAUCUGAAGCCCCAGGACUCUGUCACACAUUCUACCUCCAAUGCUGGACUCAGUCGAUCCUCCACGCCUUCCCACAAUACACUGGGAGGCCAAGGCUCCACAACAGAAUCUGCUAGUGGACAGAAAUCGGGCUCAAAACUUGUUUAUGUUUUCACCACGGAAAUGGCAAACAAGGCAGCUGAUGCAGUUCUAACUGGCCAUACAGAAAACAUCAUUGCCUUCCACAUGAAAAACAUCUCCAACAGCAAGGACAAAGCUCACCUCAUUUUGAACAAUGCAACUGGCACACUACGAAAUGAUUCCAAGCCUCCACAGCAACCUCCGUCCCAUACACAAGACCCAAGCCACCAGCCUGGGUCCAAACCGUCCUUAUCUGGAAUGGCAGAGACGGCAACAACCCAGUCUUCAAAUCAGGGGAACCAAACCAGUGUUCUUUCGCAGGAAGGGUCAUCGUCAUCGGGCAUGGAAUCUAAAAAUAUCCAAGGCAGUAGCCCCAGUAACACAACGGCCUUGGCUGAACAGGCCCCCAUCCCCCAGUCUGAGGCAGGCCUCAACCCUCCGACAUCAGAAGGGGGGCAGGGUGGGGGUUCUGGUGGAGCGGGUCUGACUCCCCAACAGCAACAGCAUCAGCUGGCCCAAGAGCUUCUAAACAUGGAAGCUAACACAGAGGGUCUGUCCCAAGAACAACUGGAGCAUCGCCAGCGAUCCCUACAAACAUUACGAGAUAUUCAGCGCAUGCUGUUCCCCGAUGACCGUGAUGCCCCACCGCCUGGGCCCCCACAGCCACACGGCGGGCCCCAUGAUGGCGGCCCUGACGCACCCCGUAGAUCUGAGCAGGGUCCCCUACAGGCUAUGAUAGCUCAGUCUCAGAGCCUUGGACCACCAGGUGGACCUGGAGGACCUCGUCCACAAGGUCCACCCUUCGGCCCGCCUCAUGGUCCAAGGGACAUGCCUCCAUUUCCACAAGAUGAAAUGGGUCCACACAUGGGGGGUCCAGGCAGCUGUGGAGAAGGAGAUCAGAUGACUCCUGAACAGGUGGCCUGGUUGAAAUUACAACAGGAAUUUUAUGAGGAGAAGAGGAAGAAACAAGAAAUGCAACACCGGCCACUUCCUCCUGACAUGAUGAUGCACCCUCACGGUCCACGUGCUAUGAUGCGAGGCCCCCCACCUCCCUACCAAAUGGGCCCGGGAGAAAUGUGGGGAGGUCCAGGUGGUCCAGGUCCAGAUCAUUACCCAGAGCGAAUGGGCAUGGGCCCUGGUCCAAGAGUUAUGCCCCCACAUAUGCAGAGGAUGCCUGGCUUCUCUGGCAUUAUGAAUCCUGAGAUGGAAGGCCCCCCAAGGCCAGGAAUGGGCUGGCCUGAUGAUAUGCCUCCCAGGAUGGGUGAAGGACGAGGCUUCCCAGGAGGACCCGGGGGAAUGUUUCCUGGUCCAGGUGCUCGCAGUGAACGUUUUCCAAACCCUCAGUCAGUCCAAGAAGCAAUGUUUCACCAAGGAAUGGGGGGAGAGAAAGGCAUUCCACCUGGAAUGAUGAUGGAUGUGCAGAGAAUGAUGGGACACCAAAGAGGUGGAAUGGAGCCUGGCAAUGGCAUGGGAAUGUUUCCUCGAAUACCUGGUGAUGGCCCUAUAAGCCCAUCAUCAAGGCUCCAAGGAAUAGGGAGCAGAGAAAUGGGCCCUGACUUUGCCAUGGGGCCUGGCCCUGGGCCUCACAUGCACCCCUCUAAACUACGAGACCCCCCAAUGAAUAUGAGUCCAGAUGAAAUGAUGAGAAUGAGAGGUGGUGGAGGACCUCCUAUUGAUAACAUGGGUCCGCAAGGCAGACCUAUGCAGGUUCCUCCAUUUGCUGAGCAGACGCCGUCGGGAGACUUUCCAAUGGGACCCGGUCGGCCCUUCCCAGGGGGUCCUGGGGGGAUGAGGGGUCCCCAUGCAGACCAAGCGUUCGGCCCAGAGCACAGAUCUACACCAACAGGAGGUAAUGGUCGUAUUAACCACCUCCCCUCUGCUGGUGGUUCUGCACAAGGCCAGAGAGGCCGCAAGCCAGCAGACCUGAAUGUCCAAGCAGGAGGGGGGAAUUCUCCUAGCGUUAAUCCACUCAAGUCUCCGCCCCUGAGGCAAGUUCAGUCUCCAAUGAUGGGCUCUCCCUCUGGAAACCUUAAAUCGCCUCAAACACCAUCCCAGCUAGCUGGCAUGCUCACCGGUCCUGCAGGCUCCGCUGCUCCUCCAGCACCUCCAACAUCUGCACCAAUGAAGUCUCCCCACUCUAUGAUGGGAUCAGCAGGUGCCUCUCCUGUUCACAUGAGGUCCCCCUCUCUUCCAAACCCCUCUCCAGGAUGGGCUUCCUCUCCCAAACCACCCAUGCAGAGCCCUGGGGUGCCCCCUCAGGGUGGCAAACCUCCACUCAGUAUCACUUCACCAAACAUGAUGGGAGGCAUGGAGCAAGGUGGAAAUGGUCCCCCAUCAGGUCCUCCUCCAUCAGGUCCUGCACCUGGCUCUAUGUCACUGCCGGGCGGUGUCCAGUCGGGAAGUCCGUAUACCAUACCCCCAGAACCAACUCUGUCCCAGAACCCUCUGUCAAUCAUGAUGUCACGCAUGUCCAAGUUUGCAAUGCCGAGUUCCACCCCGCUUUACCACGAUGCCAUAAAAACCGUUGCCAGCUCAGAUGAUGACUCUCCUCCAGCUCGUUCUCCCAACCUGCCUUCAGUAAACAAUAAUGGUAUGGCAAUGAAUCACCAAGGAAAUCCCCGUAUGAUGGGGCCUGGAAAUGUUGGACCUAUGUCUGCCCUCAGCCCCAUAGGUAUUAAUGCUGUGGGAUCGCAGCCUCUGUCCCAUGGCAUGCCCCACCAGAUGCCUUCUCCCAAUGCUCCUAACAUGGGUCCCGGCAUGAUGUCUCACGGCAUGAUGAUGCCACCAAAUCCCCAGGACCCUGGUAUGGGUAACCCUCAAAUGAUGCCCCAGGGACGGAUGGGCUACGUUCAUCAGAGGCAGGGAUACCCCCUCACUCAGUCCCCUUCACAGCAAGGCCCCUUUUCCCCACACAAUGGGCCCGGUCCCCAAGGCUUUCCUGGCCAUCCUAUGGGUUUCCAGGGCGAGGGGGGACCUAUGGGUGGAAGGCUUGGAAACAUGCCCCAUGGAGGAGGGGGCGAUGGAGGCAUGUGUAAGCCCAACACUCCUGGUGGUCCAGAGUUCAACAACAUGCAGGGUGGAUUCAGUGAUGCAGAUCUGCAUGAGGUGAUGCGGCCGGGAGCUUCUGGCAUUCCUGAGUUUGAUCUCUCUAGGAUAAUCCCAUCAGAGAAACCCAGCCAGACUCUGUCUUACUUCCCGCGAGGUGGAGGAGACAACCCCGGGGGGAAGCCACCACACCCCUCUGGCUUCCCCAUGCAGGGGAUGAUGGGUGAUGGCCCUCCGAGGAUGGGUAUGCCAAUGCAAGGGAUGGGGGGGAUGUCAGGGGGCCCCGGUGGAGGAAUGGGUCCCCAAGAUAUGCCAAUGGGCAACCCAAGCCACAACUCUAUGCGGCCGCCAUUCAUGGGCCAAGGCAUGAUGGGUCCCCAGCAUCGGAUGAUGUCUCCUGGGGGCCCAGGAGGGAUGAUGCAAGGGAGACAAAUGCCUCAUCCAGGCCCUGGCAACUCACCUAACAUGAUGAUGUCACUUCAGGGCAUGGGGGGCCCUCCUCAGCAGACAAUGAUGAUGGGGGGUCAGAUGCGGCCACGUGACAUGGACAUGGGGUUCAGUCCGGGCCCCGGAAUGUUCUAAUCCAUUAGGAACCUUGUAAUUAGAAUGUUCUUGGACUAAACACAAGGAUGGAUUUCCGAUCAUGGAGGACAAGCAAGUGUUAUGAAAGCGAAUGAACUCCAAUAAGUGAGCUAAAACACAAACGUGCACCCAUGAAAUGAACAGAACGGGGGCUCAGCGGACAUCUGGUAAUGUCACAUGAAAACUGUUUCAGCCGAGACUCAGAUGGGCCCUGUUUGGAGUAAUUUUGUCACAAGAACAUUAAAUUUUUACUCAAGAACUGCAGAAUGUAUGGGAUUGUUGUGCAUCACAGAACUGUUCAUGUGUUUUUUUUUUGUUUUGUUGAUUAUCUGACUAUAAAGAUGACUUCCACAUCAAAGAGGAAUCAACCUAACUAAAAGUCAGCGUGGAGAUGCUACAGUAUGUCUACUUUUUUCAAAUUAAAGAGAGAAAAAACAAAACAAUUUUGUCAUGAAAGUGAUGUGGAACAAGAGAAAGGAAGGAGAAUUUGAGUUUAGUGAGGACUUCAGUGGAAAUCCAUCAUGUCUCUGGCUCCAUAGUUUUGACUGUUUCUGUACAGUGUAUACGUGAGAGUGUGUUUGUGUGUGACGCCUGGAGUGUGUGGGAUGUAUGUUUGUGUCUGUAUGUAUAGGCAUUCUAUCAGUGACCUCUCAGCUCCUCUUACCCAUCUUUCAUUGGGGGAGGAAGGCCCCCUGAAAUACUGUACUGUUUACCAUUGGUGGGCUAUUCAAAUUUUAGUCUAUUUUAAUUUUCUUUGUAACUCCAGUGUAUAUCAAACCAAACUAUGACCUCAUUAAGAUAAUAGUAUUAUUAAAAAAAAGCACAAACAUGGACCAUCUGCAGAAAGCGUCUUUUUUCUCUAUUUUUACCACGAGAGCAACACUCGGUGUGAAGAUCCUGGCAGCUUUGCGGCACCACGAUCACCUCCAGUCCAUUUCAAGUCGCGGACGACGCCCAGCUCUGCUCAGUUUCAGGACUCGCCUUCCCCAAGCGUGAAUAACAUUGCUAAUACCCAGAUGUGCUUAUGUGUGUUCUUGUUCCUGUUGUGUUUCCUGUUUUGUUUUGACUCUUGUUGACUCUGGGUAAUAAUCAUUCCCACAGCAAUAAUCCCCCAGUGGUCGGCAGAUUGGGACAGGAGUGGCUAAUGCAAGCGCAGGUUUGCCAGGUAUUCUAGAAAUAGAGGUAGGUAGAUCUACGUUUAGUGAGGCGAGUGCGGUGUCCGGAGUGAGACAAAGAAAUGUAAACACGUACUGCUUACCAUCCAGUUGACUUCCUCUCUUUUCUCUAUUGUAUAAGCUUGUCAUGUGUUUCUCCAUUGGCUUUGGUGCAGAAUAGCCUACCAGGGCUGUGGUGAUGGACUACAAAUAAAAGAUAUUGUUUUGGUAUAUA